GGGUCCCCAGUCCUGCCCAGGGGUCCCAUGUCCCCUCCCCUCGGGGUCUCUCCCCAGGCCGCGAUGCCGCUGCAGCCCCUGGUCUGUGCUGACACAACCACGCGGGUGAGCUCGGUGCUGAACCGGGACGUGAAGCAGUUUGGGAAGCAGCACAUGUUCGACGCCAGCGAGGAGACCUGCUGGAACUCGGACCAGGGCACGUGCCAGUGGGUCACCCUGGACUUCCCCCGCCCCGUCAAGGUCUCGCAGCUCCAGGUCCAGUUCCAGGGGGGAUUCUCCAGCCGGCUGUGCAAGCUGGAAGGCUGCAGAGCAGGUGAAGAGCUGGUGAAGAUCUCUGAGCUGUACCCCCAGGACAGCCAUGCCAUGCAAAGGUUCCAGGUGGAGGAGAAGGUGCUGGACAGGCUGAAGAUCACCUUUGAGAACAGCACAGACUUCUUUGGCAGGAUCGUGGUCUAUCACCUGGGGGUGCUGGGGGAGAGGCUGUAGGACACUGGGGGGGCUGCCCCCACCCCUGGGGGGCUCUGAAAACCUGCCCCUGCUGCCCCCCGAGGAACCCCCAUCCCCGGGGAUGGCAGUGACAGAGGGACACUGCCAAGGGAUCCCCGUGGGAUCCCCUGGGUGGGACUCGGGUGUGCAACCAGAUGAAUAAAGGGUGUCCCUGCUCC